ACAUGCGUAUAUUUCCGUGAUUGGUGCCGAUUGGUCCUAACGCGCUAUACGAAGGCUUUCCUGAUCUGGCUACGCUCGAUAUAAAAGAGGUCCAUAAUGGCCGACCCACUGUAUGAACUCCUGGCACCGUACUUCGACCGACCAUCAACAACGUCCACAUCCGAAGCGAUACCCCUACCCACCGAUCCUACUACCAAUGCCUAUCUGGCACGACUACCAACCCUCUCGCUACAAUCGCUGACCACGACCGAAUCAUCAUACCUCAAUGCAGCAACUCAGUCGUCUCUACGCUCCUUGCAGGCCCUGUCCAAACGUUCGCAUCGCUCUGUCAUUACCGCAACCGACCAUCUCUCCAACCUUUCCGCCCUUCUUCCCUCGCUUUACACCCGCUCAAAAGAGCUAGGAGAUGCAUUACCACAACUAGAAACUGCCGCCACCAACUUUGCGACAAAAUAUGACAGAGCUGCCGAGAAUGCCGUCCUCGACCGCCGAAAAAGAGCUAUGCUGCUGAGCAGGAAUGUGGACAGGGUCAGCGAUGUUAUGGAGCUGCCAACAUUAUUGUCCACCGCUAUCAAUUCUUCGUCUGCCGCUGUCACCCAAGGCACAGGUGGUGCUGCUGCUUCUGGCUAUGCAUCUGCUCUCGACUUGCAUGCUCACGUCAAGCGUUUAAGAACACUAUACCCAGACUCCGACCUGGUAGGCGAUAUUUCUCGGCAGGCCGAUGACGAGAUCCAGAAUCUCAUUACCGUCCUGAUAAACGGUCUUCAAAAUCCCUCGCUCAAACUCGCCGGAGCAAUGAGAAUGAUUGGCUGGCUCCGCAGAGUCGCUCCCGAGCUCGCCGACGACACUUAUGGUAGUCUCCACGGGCAGACAAAGGGCAGGUCUUUGGGUGCUGCUACAGGUGAGGGUUCAUUGAGUGCGCUCUUCUUGGUGUGUAGGCUAGGUACACUACGACGGACACUUGACGCACUAGAUCCUCUGAAAGACCUGGCAGAUCAAGAGGCACUUCGUCGCUUCGAGAGCAGAGAUCGGCAGGAGACCUGGAUUGGUGGAGCUCAAACCGAGCGCUACUUGAAGAGAUAUGUCGAGGUAUUCCGUGAACAGAGUUUCGGCAUCAUUUCCAUGUACAAAAGCAUCUUCCCCUCAGCAUUACCGAUACCUGGACUAGCUGGAGCUGAUAUAACUUCGCCUACUGGAACGCCAAUUCAGACUCCAACUAUCUCAGAGAGCACUUCAACGCCUUUCUUCGAAGCUGAGGACGACAAGACCCCUUCGGCACUUGCAACUUUCGCACCACAUCUAGUAGACAUGCUUUCUGAAAGACUACGCACCUACAUGCCAAACAUCUCCGAAAGAUCUUCGAGAGACAGCCUGCUAACUCAGGUGUUGUAUUGCGCAGGCUCUCUGGGCAGAUUGGGUGCAGACUUUGGUAUGAUGCUUGCCUUGUUGGAAGAUGAAUUGAACGAGGAAGGUGAAGCUGGCAAGCCAGAAGAGACAGACGAGGACGAUCACGAAUGGGUUCAAGUUAUGAAAAAGCACAGGGUACAGGCUAGUCGAUUAGAACUACUGGCAAGUGGUGUUGGCUCUGGGCGGAAGACAAGUACCAGUCUUGAUUAUUCCCGCAGACCUUCCGCCGUUCCCGGCUAGAGAAUGACAGAUGACAGCGUGCAGACGUAUGUUUGCCAGCCCCCUCAGUCUUGCAUCUUGUUUGGUCGAGAUUUGCCGUGUUUGCCGAUCUGUUUGAGAAUGUAGACAGCCGCAUCACCGCGUGAUUAGUGUGUUUCCCCCAAGAGUGCUCGUUCCCACGACAAACAGGUACUGAGGACGAGAUCAAGAACAAUUAUUACAGAGACAAGAUGGAUCUUUCUUGGCUACUCGGCGUG